AUGAACAAAGCUAUGUUCCCGGAAUACACAAGGCCCUCGCCCACAUCAACGACGGCGCCUUCGUCGACCACGACUCCGAGGCCCGCGGAGCAGCCUCGGCCUCGGCAGGACGGCAAGCAGUCGGCCAAGAUUUCGGCGUCCGGCGCCUCAUCGCGCGCAGAGCGGUCCGAGCGCAAAGACGCCCGCAGGGAGCCCAAGCAGGACCAGCGGUCUGCCAAACUCAAGGACGAGAAGAAGGGCGAGGCCAAGGUGGAGGAGUCCAAGAGGAAGGAGGCCAGGAGGGACGAGGCCAAGAAAGAGGACCCGAAGGACGAACCGAAGAAGAAAAGGCGUGACGACGAGGACUCCGCCGAGGAGGAACCGAGGCGCAGGCGGCCUCAAGUCAGCGAGGAAGACGACGAACCAGAAGACGGGCGGGUGGAGCUGAAGAAGGACCCGCGGCAGCGUGCCAAGUCAUCGCCAUCCACCACCACUGCCUCCACCACAACCUCCACCACCACGACCUCCACCACCACCACGAAGGCCCCUCUUGUGGACGACACGGGCAGCAGUUCAGAAGAGGACGAAGAGGAGGAGGACGAAGAGGAGGAGGCGGAUGUGAAGCCCUCGUCCACGGCCGCGACAUCAACGUCUACGACGACGACCACCACCACCACCACUGCGGCGCCCUCCACGUCGUCCUCCACAACGGCAGCAUCCACGACGACGGCCUCCACCACCACGAGCAAGCCCAAAGCAACGACCACGACCACGAGCAAGCCAAAAGCAACGACCACCACACCAAAGCCCACCACAGCCAGGCAGCCUCCGCUGCCGGUGGUGAAGCAGCAGCAGAGGGAACGGGAGCUGAGGGAAAAGAAGAACAACGAAGAAAAGAAGAAGAAGGACGACGAGAAGAAGAAGAAGGACGAGGAGAAGAAGAAGAAGGACGAGGAGAAGAAAAAGAAGGACGAAGAGAAGAAGAAGAAGGACGAUGAGGAGCGAAAGAGGCAGCUCGAGGAAAAGAAGAAACAGGAGGAUGAAACAAAGAAAAGGGAAGAGGAAAAAAGAAAGAGUGAGGAGCUAAAACAGAAGGAAGAAGAGGAGGAAAAGAAGAGAGAGGAAGAAAAGAAAAAGCGGGAAGAACAGAGAAAGCUAGAAGACGAACAGAAGAAAAUAGAUGACGAACAGAGAAGAAAAGAGGGUGAGGAGGAAGAAAAGAAAAGAAAAGAUGAGGUCAGUAGCAAGGACAAUUUGAAGAAAGAGGUCGAAGUUGAGAGAAAGAAAACUGAUGAUUCAGAAAAGAAGGCUGAAGAGAGAAAGGAGUCUGUGAAGUCCGAAGGGGAAAAUCCAGAGAAACGGAAGAAAAAGGAUGAAGACGAGGUCGAUGAAGACGACGAUGAAGAUGACGAAGAUGACGAGGAGGAAGAGAGGGAGCGAGAGCGAGAGAGAAAAAGGAAAGAAGAACGCAGAAAACGGAAGGAAGAAGCUAGGAAACGGAGAGCAGAGGACAGGAAGAGGCGAUCGGACGAGCGGAAGAAGGACGAAGACGACAAAAAGAAGCGAGACGAGGCGGCGAAAGACAGAAAGGAGCAGCCGAGGCCCAGAAGCAGGGACGGCAAGGACCGGCAGAGAAGCAGGGACAAGGACGCCGAAGACACCCCCAAAGAGGAAGAGAGAGACGCCGUGAAGGACGCCGCCAAGGACGCCGCCAAGGACGCCGCCAAGGACGCCGCCAAGGACGCCGUCAAGGACUCCGCCAAGGACGCCACCAAGGAAGUCGCCAAGGACACCGCCAAGGACACCGCCAAGGAAGUUGACGCCGAUCAGGACAAGGAGAAGCGACAGCGCAAAACCAGAGACAGAGCGGAAGCCAAACCCGCGCCAAAGGAGUCGAAGAAGAGCGACGUCUCCGAUGCCAGCAGCUCCAACAAGGACAACUCCAGCAAGGCUGCAGAGGCGGACCCUCAGAUGACGUUGAAGAAGCUGGAGGAGCAGCAGGAGGAGGAAGAGGGGCGAGAGGAUGGCGCCCGGGCCGCCGCCGCGCUCAAGGUGGAGAAGAGGGAAGAGUCCAAGUUGGAGGCCGAGGAGGAGGCCCGGGCGGCCAACACCACCAGCGAGGAGCCUGUGGCCGCGGCGCCGCAGCAGGAGGCCGAUGACGGCCAGGACGAGAUCACCACGGCGGACGACUCGGAGGACAAACGUCUCGAGGCCGAGGUGCAGAUGGAUCUGAAGCGGCACCGCGGCAGGGACACCAAGGCCCACAGGGACGCCCACAGGGACGUCAAGAAGGACGUCGCCAAGGACGCCACCAAGGAUGCCUCCAAGGACGCCACCAAAGAGAGCGCCGCUGAGCAGAGGAAGCGAAAGGAGGAACCGAAGAAGGCGGACAGGGGCGACGACAAGAAGGAGGCCAAGAGGGACGAGGCGAGGCGGAAGGGCGCCGAGGCGAAGAGGGACGACCGCAAGGACGACAAAGCAAGGGACUCCAGCCACGAGAAGGCCACAGGUUUGGAGACGGCUGAGACGACGUACCCCAGCCAGCCACUGCUGCAGAAGGUGUACGCCAAGGAGUCCGAGUCCACGUCCGACGGCCAGUACGUCGCGCAGCAGUCCAUCCAGUCGCCUAAGUUCGUGCCUCAGGACCAGGGCCUCCAGUCAUCCACCAGCACGCGGCAAAAAAACUCUCGGCAAAGGGUACCAAACCAAAAUUUCCUCGCACUGCAGCAGCCGCUCCUGCCGCAGCAGCAGCAGCAACUGCAGCACCAGCUGACGAAGCAUCGGCGCGGCCAGCAGCAGGAGCAGCAGGAGCGGCCGGACCAGCAGGACGCGGAGGGCGGCGACGCCCCCACCACCUACUCGACCACCACCAGCACCACGCCCUUCCCCAUCAUCCCCAUCGUGCACUUCGACAAAGAGCAGAGUGCUGACGGCAGCUACAAAACCAGCUACGAGACGGCCAACAACAUCUACGCCGAGGAGACAGGUUUCUUGAGGAAGCAGGGCGCGAAGCCCGAGGGCGACUCCGACGAGGUGGAGGAGUCAUUGGUGCAGCACGGCUCGUACUCGUACACGGCCCCCGACGGCAGCCUCAUCACCCUGAGCUACACGGCGGACGAGAUGGGCUUCCGCGCGACGGGCGACCACAUCCCCACGCCGCCGCCAGUGCCGCCAGAGAUACAGCGCUCGCUCGACAUCAUUUACGCCCAAAUCCAGCGCGACCAGGAAGAGGCUGAGCGAGAGGAGCGGGAGGAGCGGGAACAGCAGCAGCGCCAGCAGCAGGCGGGCAGCGCCAGCGUCCACCAGGAGGAGUCCGUCGGUGCGCCGAAGCGCUUCGCCAACCACCGUCAUGACGACGUCGACGACAACGCCUCCAACAACGACGCCAACGAUACCGUCAACGACGCCACCAACGACACCGUCAACGACGACCGCGCGGCCCGCGACGAGGAGGCCGUCGUCAAGAAGCUCAGUGGCGCCAACAAGCGUGGUGGACGGCGUCACUAGGAGGCGCCACGUUCGGCCCGCCUCCUCCAGCACCACCUCCUCCAGCACCACCUCCACCUCCACCACGACCACCACCACCACCAUCGCGACAACCCUCACGACACCCACCGCGGACGUCGCCACGGAAGUCCCUGAUCUUGACCACGAUGUCCAGGACGCGCCAAGGCGGGGGGCUUCUCGUGGACGAGGCUGGUCCUGGACAUCCACAAGUUCCUGAGCGGGCGCGAGGCGAGGCGGGCUGGUCCGAGAAGGGCUGGUAGAAGGGCUGGUUCGAGGCGGGUGCCCGCAGGCAGACGGAGGCCGCGACCGCAGAAGCAAGCCGACUGACGGGAGCGGGCCUUCGGUGAAAUUAUUUGUAAAAAGAUAGGGAAGACUGACUGUGGAUGGCGGCUUGCCUUCUCACCUGUUGUUGUUCUUUUGUUAUUGAUUUUUUGUUGACUUACAGACUGAAAUAAGUAA